AGGGAGGCAAACGCUAUGGGCGGGCGGGAGGCCCCAAACCACCCCCGGCGCCCCUCGGGCGGCCCCUCGCAGCGUCACCGGGGGCGGCGGCGGUGCCGGUGCGGAGCGGGGAGCCGCCGCCCGGCCCGGCCCCCGGCCCCUCCCCCGGGCUCGCUGCGCGCCGCCGCCGCCGCCGCCUCCCCGCGCUGCUCGGGGCGCCGCCGCCGCCGCCGCCGGGCCCGAAGGGCGGCCCAGCGCCGCCGCGGAGCCCCGGGCGCGGCGCAUCGCGCAGGACUCUUCCUCAUUCAAAGAUGCUAUUUGAUCCAGACAGUCUGUGAUUCUGAGAUUAAGAAGAGACUGCACAGUGUGUCACUGUACUGCUGUUUUAAUUUUGAGAAUCUUUCUGCUGCCAAGCGUGCCUUGGUGAGAAUGGGGGAUACAAGAGACAUCUGUCCUCACCUGGAUUCUAUAGGAGAGGUGACUAGGGAUGAUCUGCUGCUCAAAUCCAAGGGAACUUGCCAGUCUUGUGGAGCUGUGGGACCAAAUCUCUGGGCUUGUCUUCAGGUUGGUUGUCCUUAUGUUGGUUGUGGGGAAUCCUUUGCUGACCACAGCACACUUCAUGCACAGGCCAAAAAGCACAACCUGACUGUGAAUCUGACCACUUUCCGGGUCUGGUGUUACGCUUGUGAAAAGGAGGUUUUCUUGGACCAGCGGCUGGCAACGCACACGCAGUCACCGCCAGUAAAAUUCACUGAACCGGAUUCUCCAUUGCCUGCUCACCCUUUGAAAGCUGUUCCAAUUGCAGUGGCUGAUGAAGCUGAAUCUGAAUCAGAGGAUGAUGAUUUGAAACCAAGAGGCCUUACUGGAAUGAAAAAUCUUGGGAACUCCUGCUACAUGAAUGCAGCACUUCAGGCUCUCUCUAACUGCCCACCUCUCACACAGUUUUUUCUGGAGUGUGGUGGACUAGUCCGUACUGAUAAGAAACCAGCACUGUGCAAAAGUUAUCAGAAGUUGGUGUCUGAGGUCUGGCAUAAGAAACGCCCGAGUUAUGUUGUUCCAAGCAGUCUAUCUCAUGGAAUUAAGCUUGUCAACCCCAUGUUCCGAGGCUAUGCACAGCAGGACACUCAAGAGUUCCUGCGCUGCCUGAUGGAUCAACUUCAUGAAGAGCUAAAGGAACCAAUUGUUGCUGAGACAAGGGAUUUGGAUACCAGUGACCAGGACGACAAGCGAGAGGGUGACCGCAGUCCUUCGGAAGAUGAGUUCCUCUCCUGUGACUCAAGCAGUGACAGGGGUGAAGGGGAUGGUCAAAGCCGGACCACUGGGGGCAUGGGCAACAGCUCCCUGGGAGAGACGGAGUUGUUGAUUCAGGAUGAAGCAGGGAGAGGUAUCUCUGAGAAAGAGAGAAUGAAAGACAGAAAGUUCUCCUGUGGCCAUCGGCGCAGCAACUCGGAGCAGGUGGAUGAGGAUGCAGACGUUGAUACUACCAUGAUGGCAGUUGAUGGUAGAGCCUCCCCUGAGAUGCUCCCUGCUCCUUGUCCUGCCAGCCCAUGUAGGACGCCAGAGCCUGACAAUGAUGCCUACGUGCGCUGUUCCUCACGCCCCUGCAGUCCGGUCCAUCAUGAGAUGCACUCCAAGCUCUCUAGCAGUCCCCCUCGCUCCAGUCCUGCCAGGCUUGGACCUUCCUAUGUACUCAAAAAAGCCCAGAUGCAGGCUUCUGGGAAAAAGAAGAAAGAGCUCCGUUAUCGCAGUGUGAUUUCUGACAUCUUUGAUGGCUCCAUUCUCAGCCUGGUGCAGUGCCUCACCUGUGACAGAGUUUCUACAACAGUGGAGACAUUCCAGGACCUGUCACUUCCAAUCCCAGGGAAGGAGGACUUGGCCAAACUGCACUCUGCUAUCUACCAAAACGUGCCAGCUAAAACAGGAGCCUGUGGUGACAACUAUGCCUCGCAAGGCUGGAUUGCUUUCAUCAUGGAGUAUAUCCGGAGAUUCGUGGUGUCCUGUAUCCCUAGCUGGUUUUGGGGUCCUGUUGUGACGCUGGAGGAUUGUCUUGCUGCCUUUUUUGCAGCAGAUGAACUGAAGGGGGACAACAUGUACAGUUGUGAACGGUGUAAAAAACUGCGGAAUGGAGUGAAGUACUGCAAAGUCCUCCGGCUACCAGAGAUUCUUUGCAUCCACUUGAAACGGUUCCGGCAUGAGGUGAUGUAUUCCUUCAAGAUCAACAGUCAUGUCUCCUUCCCCUUGGAAGGGCUGGAUCUGCGACCUUUCCUAGCCAAGGAGUGUGUCUCCCAGAUCACCACCUACGAUCUCCUGUCAGUCAUCUGCCAUCAUGGCACAGCAGGCAGUGGGCAUUACAUAGCCUACUGCCAGAACGUGAUCAACGGCCAGUGGUACGAGUUUGAUGACCAGUAUGUCACUGAAGUCCAUGAGACUGUGGUACAGAAUGCAGAGGCCUACGUCCUGUUCUACAGGAAAAGCAGUGAAGAGGCUGUGCGAGAACGUCAGAAAGUUGUGUCCCUUGCCAGCAUGAAGGAGCACAGUUUACUCCAGUUCUACAUCUCUCGAGAGUGGCUCAAUAAAUUCAACACCUUUGCUGAGCCUGGUCCUAUUACCAAUCACACCUUUUUGUGCUCUCAUGGAGGAAUCCCUCCUAAUAAAUAUCAUUACAUUGAUGACUUGGUGGUGAUUCUACCCCAGAAUGUGUGGGAAUACCUCUACAACAGGUUUGGGGGUGGCCCUGCUGUGAACCAUCUGUACGUGUGCUCGAUUUGCCAAGUGGAGAUUGAAGCACUUGCCAAACGGAGGAGAAUUGAAAUCGACACCUUCAUCAAGCUGAACAAGGCUUUCCAGGCAGAGGAGUCUCCAAGUGUCAUCUACUGUAUUAGCAUGCAGUGGUUCCGUGAAUGGGAAGCCUUUGUCAAGGGGAAGGAUAAUGAGCCUCCUGGACCAAUAGACAACAGCAAGAUUGCACUUACAAAAGCAGGUGGCCACGUGCAAGUUAAGCAGGGUGCUGAUUAUGGGCAGAUUUCUGAGGAGACAUGGAUUUAUUUAAGCACGCUAUAUGGAGGGGGCCCAGAAAUUGCUAUCAGACAGAAUGUGGCCCAGGCCCAGGAACUGGAGAACCUACAUGGGGAGCAGAAGAUUGAAGCGGAGACCCGAGCUGUGUGAACGGUGCGGGAUGGGGCAGGGAAGGUAUGGCACGAAUAUGUCCAUGUGGGGCUGAAAGGCUGGGGAAUCCCGAGGAGUUAAACCUCUUCCUCUGUCUGGUACUCAAAGGUGUGUGCAGUGCUCACCACCACUUCUGGGGAAGGCAGGUUUCCUCCACCAUCCUUUCAUGUGGUUUUGGAUAUAGGGACAGUGCUGGAAAAGACUGGGAGAAAUCAAUUUUUCUGUAAUUCAUCUGUGCAGCCCCAGUGGAUAAAGCCAUGGUGGGGAGGCUGCAGCCAAACUUCACUAGGAAAUGUUUUGACUUGACCCCUCUCCCUUUUGUUUGCUUACACAAAGUCAGCACUCCCAGCCUGCCCCCAGUGAAUUGAAUCUCUCUGCUCCUUUGCAGGUUUUGCUUCUGGCACUUUUUUUUUUUUUUAAUCCAAUGUAUAAAGAUAAUGAAAUGUUAUUUAUGUUUCCAGUGUGCAAUGUUGCAACUAGAGAAACCUGUUUAUCUGAAGCUGACUAAAGCCACAAGGUCUCCUGAUAGUUUUGUGCUGGUGGUGCACAGCUGACACAACUUCCUAGUUUUGCUCCUUAUCUAAUUCUUGCAACUUCAGUUGCAACUAAGAAAUCUUGAAAGAGGCUGUUUCUCCCCCCACUGGCCAUAGCUACACCUUCACAGUCCUGCAGAAUUCUUUCCUCCUUGUAUCUGAUACCAUGUGUUCAGCAAAUUUUCAGAGAACAAAGCUGCAAGACAAGUUCUCCUUUACAACGGCUUCCCACUGUGCUGUUUCCUCUAAACUCCUGGCAGCUUUGUAGAUACAGAUGCAGCCUUCUAGGUAUUAAGUUCCCAGGGGUGGUACAUGAACAGCUUAAAGGCAAAGCUGUUAGAGGGGCAGACUUCAUCAGAGCUGGACACAAGACAGCUCUGAUGCAGACUUUAGGGCUCUUGUUCUGGGUCAUAUGAAAUUCCCCCAGCUGCUUGUCCAGACCCCAUUCUCAGAAGGACCCUGUGUGUAAGCCUAGACCUGUCUCCACACCUUUUAUGAGAAGGGUGUGUGAAGGAUGAGGAGGACCCUCUGAGGCAUUUGUUUGCACAGAGCCUAGUCAGAUGGGUCACCUUUGGACAGGGCAGUAAUUCAGCACUGGGGAAGGUGCCCAGCUGAGCAGGCCUCAGGCUGUUGAAGCAGCCUCUUAGCCUUGUUUUCUGCAAACAAGCCCCCACAUAUGUGCUGAGCUCAUUCUAGCUUCUCAACACCGAUCUUGUUUGUGUAUACAGUGGCUCAUUUAAUGAAAAGAAAUAACUUGCUCCCCAAUGUACUGCCAGUAAUGCAGCCACGGAGCAUCCGAUUAACAGGUGGAGGAGAGAGGAAUGAAGAUGAAAAAGGCUAAAUGCUACUUUUCUCAUCAAGAGUUUUGAAUAGCCCUGCUUAAUCUUUAAGCCAGCAAGGCAAUAAUAAAUUCCAUGUGACUUUGCAAACCCUCGAGUGAGAGCUGAUAGAAGGAGAGCAAGGCAAAGCUGGUAAGGCAGAGGUAGCUUCUCCAUUGGGUCUAAGCAAACUCUUGGGCUGAAGAACCAAACUGUAUGUUCAUAACGGUGCUGGAACCUUUAUGAUUCCUCAGCAUCAGUCUGGCCUUGGUACCAGACUCCAGCAUGGAGCUGUGACCUCCUAUGUACUUAUUGUGCUCUUCCCAUAGAAGAGAAAGGGAGGGAGGGGGGAGAGGAAAGCUGCUCUUUGACUCUCAAAUAGGAAGUGGAAAAGGGUGUGGGAGAAAAGUUUCUGAAAUAAAAAAUGUGGCCUUCAGAUUUUUUUAGACCAAAUGUUUGCUGUUUGCAGCAAACUCUUCUUUAAAAAAGUCUCUGUAAAUGGUUCAGCAUGUUAAUUUUACUAUCCUGUUUACUGGAUGCUUGUACAUACCCAGCCAGGCCAGAGGGGAGGUCAGAGAAUGAGCCACUGUUGGGAUUUCUCAUUGUUUUAAGCUGUCUUUGUUUGCUACUGCAGCCUUCUUGGAUUCUGCUGCAGAGCCUGUAUGGCUGCAUGUCUGUGUUGUCUGUGCCAUUCAGAGGACGCUGUAUAGAUUGUAAUAACACUCCUGUGCUUAAGUGUUAUAUUUUGUGCUGGAAAUGUGUCCCAAUAAAUACAUGUGCAUUCAACAAA